AUGGCUGCCAUCUCAACCGCCCUUGCCUGUCCGUCGCUCCUCGUGCUACCGCUUCUUCUUCUGUCUCUCCUCGCCAAUGCCGCCCACGCCCAGCUCUUCGCCAUCCCCUCGGUCCGCGAUGCGAGCCAUGGCGGCUGCGACGUAGCGUGUGCUACUCUGGCCAGCCUCUUCGGCCCCCAGCUGCAUUAUCCCAACGCCGACGGAAACUUUACCGUCUGGGAUGCCAAGCAGAUGAGCUCCAAUAGGGCCUGUCGCAUCGAGCCCACCACCACCCAGGACCUCUCGCAUGUCCUCGGCGUCCUGGUCGGCACCUGGUGUAACUUCGCCGUCAAGAGUGGCGGCCACACGUCCAGCAGGGAUGCCUCCAACUCGGUCGGUGGCGUCACCAUCGACUUGAAGCGCAUCAACCAGGUUGAACUUUCUGCCGACAAGACCCAGACCCGCGUCGGCACCGGUGCCAUCUGGGGCGACGUCUACCGCAUCUUGGAGCCCUACGAGCUCUCCGUCAUUGGCGGAAGGGUUGAUGACGUUGGCGUAGGCGGUCUUUUGCUGGGAGGAGGUGUCAGUUUUCUUUCUGCGAGGUACGGCUGGGCCCUGGACAACAUUCUGGAAUACGAAGUCGUCCUGCCCAACACUACCAUCGUGACCGCCAGCGAGCACUCCCACCCUGAUCUGUACUUUGCCCUGCGCGGCGGCGGCAACAACUUCGGCAUCGUCACCCGUUUCACCCUCAACACGGUUCCCCUGGGCAAAAUUUAUGGCGGCCAGAAGUUUUACACUACGGACAAGAUGGAUGCCUUGAUCGAUGCUUCUUACGAGCUCACCUUCAGCACCGACCCGGACAUCGGCUACUGGAUUGGCUAUAUUUACAUGGCCGACAAGAACACGACCUUGGCCCUCUCCCAGGAAAUGUACGCCAAACCCGUCGAGAACCCCACUGUGUACAGCACCUUCGAUAAGGUGGAACCCCUGGGAAAUACGAUGCGCACGUCGGUCAUGAGCGACUUCAGCAUGGAAUUGAAACACGGAACACCAUCCAACAAGCGCAAUUACAUGGCAUCAAUGACCUUUUACCCAUCAAAGGAGCAGGAAAGACGCAUGAUCCAGUACUUCCAGGAGGAAAUCGAUUAUUUGAAGACGACCUGCAACACCGUCACUCCGGCUUUGACCUUCCAGCCCAUUCCGUUGUCCUCCAUCAACAACAUGAAGGUGCGCGGAGGAAAUGCGAUCGGGCUGGAGUCAAACAGCCCGCUAACACUCGCCAACGUGGCAACGAGCUGGACCAACCCGAAAGAAGACGCCGACAUCUACGCUUCCCGCGAGCGGUUUCUUGCGAAGUCGGCAGCAUCAGCCAAGGAGCUGGGCGUUUUCCACAAGUACAUCUACAUGAACUACGGAGACUCGGAACGUGACGACGUCUUUUCUGGGUACGACGAGCAGAACGUAGAGAGGCUAAAAGAGAUUCAGAGAAGGAUAGAUCCGGCUGGGGUGUUUACGAGGGACGGACUUUGCACGGGUUACUUUAAGCUUAUUUGA